GAAGACUCCUGUGGUGUCAAAGUGGGAUCCUCAAAUACCCUUCCGAAAAAGUUUUGCUCGUCCAGAAUGCGUGGUAAGAAAGCUACCAGCGACGUGUGUUCACGGGAGUGGCGAAAUCUCGAUUUUCUACGGAAAUAAAUUUAAUUGGGAAAGCGAACAAGACGAGAGUGAGCAUCAAGAUUACUUCGACCAUGCAAAGGGGGACGAGGAGCACCAACGUCCUCUAUUUCUUGCUCAUUGCGUCGAUUCCUAUAGCGAGUAUCGUCGUGUCCAUGGAGCAUUUAUAGCAGGGCCAGCUGAAGCAGGACCAGGAGUAGAUGAAAGUGACGAACUACAAGCAGAUACAGAAGAUGAGCGCAGCUCAAGAACAACAUCAAGCGGUCGCACAUUGAUAGUCCGCGUGACACAGACAGCGACAGAGAAUAUGUGGCAUGCGUUUCACUUGCUGUUACGAUUGACGUUUUGUUUCGAGUUCCUCAGCCGCGUUCCAAGGCCUAGAUGAUAGAUUGCAAGUCUGAAAAUUUGAAGAAUGGUCUUGUAAAUCAUGAUCGGUCCCUAGUACUACUUUAAGAGUACCAGCUGUGCCUGUGUCCCUGUCGUCUAAUUCAUGCCUCUCUUGCAGUGGAGAUACAACCGCAAGACCGCCUCGUGUUCGAUUGUGCAGGUUCUCAGUGUAAUACAGAGGUCGCCGCAGGCAGUGUUUUGGCUGCUUUCCUACCCGCAUUGACUCAGAAGGAGGUGGUCUGGAUCGUACCUGGGGCGUCGACACAAGAAACAGCGUCCUCUGGUGAUAGUACGGACAAGCGGAGAGAUGCCUCUGCUAUUCGCGUUAGCCCACAUACACAACAUGGUCCCUUGAAAAUCUCCUAUCUCACAACACCGGAGCAGAGACGAUGCUUCCACGGCGCUCAGUGGGGCGUGCAGCACGUAACGCUCUUUGGACGCGACAAAGGAUCUUGGCGAGGGAUCAAAACCGCUUUUGUGAGAAAAGUCAACGAAGCCUGGAAGAUGACACGACAAGCGAAGGACUCUGGAUUUCCCUCAAAAGCAGCUGCAGAUAAAGAGGCCUUGGUCGAAAGAAAAAGCAUCGACACGAAAGACGAAGAUCAGGAUGAGGUGGACGUAGAGCAUAUGAUGACCUUACGUACAGAGUUAGAAUCUCAAUGGACCUCGCAAGACGCGGCAACGAAUCCCUGUCUCGAACGUAAGUACAUUCGCGGUGGAGUACACCUCCUGCUUCCAAGAACAAUGCCAUCAACUUCUACCUCGUCAACCUCACGCGAAAAGCACCGUGGCAGAAAUAUACCGUUUCGUAUAGUCCUCGCGUUGCGUCUGGUCGCUACCACACGACGCAUUACCAACCUCGCGCCUCUGCUUUCGGCACUUUCUUGUAUUAGACAGCAAACAAGCGAACAAGAUCAUGAUGACGGUGAAGCUAUAACUGACGCUCGUCCAACAUCACCAUAUGGGCAAAAUGUCUUGUCGGAUCUCGAAAUAGUAGCAGUGGACCUGAGUCUGGUGGGCUCUUUGCAAGUUCAGCACAGUAUUGUCAGAGACGCCGAUGUUUUUACGGGCGCGCACGGCCAGGCAUUGUCCUGGCUGCCGUUUGCUCACAGAGUGAUCGAGCUAAUGCCACACAUGAGCUCGCUAUCUCGAGAACUCUGCAGGCCUGGAUGGGACGCCACGCCUAUGUACGCCUACGGCGGACUUGGCCUGCUUUUUGGGGUACCGCAUCUCUGCGUAGUCGGAUCAGAUCCAUCUGAGGACUCGUCAAAAGCGAAAAAAGCCUUGACAUUCUUCGAGGAAGUGAACACCUGGAUCCGCGAAAACGUCACUGUCCCUGUCCAUGAAGUGACGGCUUCAAUUGAGGAGAUUUUCCAACAUUCAACAAAGCCUACUAAGGGUUUGGAAUUUGAUGCAUCUAUAGCAAAACCAACUACAACGGAAACUGAGAAUGAAGGAGAUCUGCUGUCUUCUAGCAACAUCAUAGGUAACCAUCCGAAAACGUCUAAACCAUCCAAGGCAAGGAGAAAAGUCAAGGUGUCGUCUGUAUAUGGACAACAACAAGUACACCGAACAAAUCAAAUUGAGCAAGAACUAUGACGUUCUACUUUUCUUCUUCUUCUUCUACUACUAUAAGUAUAACACACGCGCUGCACGCGGCUGCUUUAUUACUUAUUCGGAAGACGAACACG